GCCAUUUUCACGGUCGUGCUCGCGUCUACGUCGUUCGUUUUUGUGUUUGGAUUUUUCGAUUUUGGUUUCGGGAGUGAAUAAAUAAAGAAGUUAAAUAUUAGAACCUAAAUAAGCCCCGAUUAAAAUGGGAGGCUGGCAGAUAGUUAAAUUUCCAGAAGAUGAUAAUAAAGUUGAGGCUGUACCGUCAUCCUGGAUUUCAAAAGAGCAAGGAAAAAUCAUGUGUUUUUGGCCAAACACUAUUUCCAGCAGCAAAGUAUUAAAUUACAUAAAAAGUCAAGCACAACCGCAAGGUGACUGGAAAAGCUAUCCUGUUGUCAUUUUAACCCAGUAUCCUGAAGAAAGCUACUCAUUUGCUUGCCAGAAAGCAAAACGAGCACAGUAUACAAGUGCGGUUGAUACGGGUGAAGAAUCAGAAGAGGAUCGAAUAUCCAAGAGAAAACGCAAAAAGAAUCAUAAAUAUUUAAGUAGUGAAUCAGAAGAUUCACCGUUAAAAACGGCACGCAAGACGUCCAGACAGUUGAAUAAAAUGCCAACACCUCCAGACCAAACAAAAGUAGCAAGCAGCAGUUCUCAAAUUGCCCUAAAUAAUGUCAGCAAAAAUUUGGGAAAUGUCCUUGAGAGUGUAGCUGAAAAUACUGAUAGUGGUCAGAAUAAAGACGUUAGAACCACCAGUUCUCGCAACCAGAAUUUGACUAAGACAUCCUGUGAAAGAUGUAAAGAUUUAAAAGAAGUUUUAAGACUAUUAAAUCUGAUAAAUGCAAGAGUUUCCAAUAAUUUGGAAGAAAUCAAAGCGCUCCAAUCGGGAACUUCAUCUAACAGCAAUGCAAAAGUAGUUCAACCUGAAGCUAAUAUUGACAUAGGCACUCUUCCUGCAACAAAUGAACAUGAAUUUAGAGAACUUAGUAACAAAAUGAAUGAUAAGAGCAUCAGAGAAUAUAUGGUUAACAAACUUGUCCACAUUGGGGGAACCACAAUAAAAGAAAUUGUGAAAAGAUGUAUGUCAAGCAUUGUGGAUGAUAAAGUCCUUAUCUCUUACAGUUGGAUUGGAGGAAAGGGCAAAUUAAAAUUUUCUCACCUCAACAUAGCAGACCUAUUAGUUGAUGUCUGUAAGCUAAAUCCAUUAACCAAAACAGAGACGGCCAAAAAUGUGGAGCAGGCAAUUGCGCUGUAUCUAACAAAGGCAAAAGAAAGAACGACUAGACAAGAGGCCAAAAAGAACAAAGAACCGGAAGCUGAGGCACCCUAGGCACAACUUUCGGUUUUCUUUUAAAUUAUACAAACUUAUGCAGAAUUAUUUUUUAAUUUUUUUUAGAGUUCCUAUUUUAUUUGGUUAUUUUUUCGUUUGAUGGUAGUAGAAAGUUCCUUCAGUUUUUUUUAGAGUUCCUAUUUAUUUUAUUGUUUUUUAUAUUUUAUUUUUAUUAUAUAUAAUAGUGUUUAUUAUAUCUAUUAUUAAUAAGUUGAAUAAAUUGUUUAUUCAAAGAUUAAUUGGCUCCUACUUUUGAGUUUAAUUUAAUCUGAAUCUACUUUUAUGUUCAUUUCAACCUGAAAAUUUUAACAUCUUUGUAAAAUUUUUGAUAUUGUACAAGAUAAUGCCAUGGGCAAGUUUUUAAAUUCAACCCUUUUCCAUAAUAAUUGAUUUAUGCGCUUCAUGUAUAAUAACGUUGUUGAAUAGAAAAUCGUUCCAUCAGGUCAUUCAAGAACGCUUGUCGAUAGAUGCGCAUAAGCAAUUGAUGAAUUUAAAAACUCGCGCUUUCAAAAACUGAGAAAUUUCAAUUUUGGGAAACAUUCCGAAAUCAGUGUGUUUAAAAGAUACCUACCACUCGACCUAUAAAUUUAAAUGGAUUGAACACACAUAUUUUUUGCAUGAUUUUGCUUGGCAGAGUACCGUGUGUACAAUAACUUUUAAAUAA